AUGGACGAACGAUCUGACUAUUCAAACCGUUUCGUUCCUUAUGUUAAUGCCUAUUUCCAGUUUUUUCUAUUCGCUGGAUUGACUUUUCAGUUCAUUCUUCUCUAUUUGAUUCGAACAAAGUCUCCCGCAAGUUUAGAUCAAUUAAAAUAUUUUCUCUAUAACACUUCAUUCAUUCAAAUUCUUGAAAUAUUAUGUGGCUACUUCACUCAGCAUAGGUCUCUCCCAAACAGUACCACAUUCGCAGUACUUGCCAACGGGCCAUGUCGUUAUUUCGGGUCUACUGUUUGUUUCAGUGGAUAUCAUAUUUUUCUGGGAGUGACAUUCUGCGUAGCUCUCUCUAUCUCCAAUACAGUUUUCUAUAGGUUUUUGAUAUUGAGAAGAAGAGAUAUCACCAAGAGACAUCUGAUCUGUAUAAUUAUCUUUUCAUAUAUCCCUGGAAUAUUCACAAUGAUAAUUCCGUUUACUGACAAAUGGGAUUUCUCUGUUGCAAUCAACCAAACAUAUCUAGAACAUCCAACUUAUGGUCUAUCAUAUUAUGCUCCAUUCCCUGGAUUCGCUAAUAUCAACAGUACUCAAUUCCUAUCAGCCACUGCUAUUCUAGCCAUCGGAGCAUACGGAAUCCCAUUGUGCUCUUUCCUUCUAACACGUAGCAUACUGAAACUAAUUCGAGCACAUAGCAACAUGUCGACUCGCACCAAAACACAGGCAAAGACGUUGGUUCAUGGACUUGCUUGCCAAACCUUGAUUCCUCUUCUCUGCUACAUUCCCAUAUUUUCUGUCUACUCUUACUCUCAACUCAAUGGAAAAGAGAACAUUGCUUCUGAGCAUCUUCUGAUGAUUCUCACUUGUCUUCCUGCUCUAAUUGAUCCAUUUAUAUCUUUUUAUUUCGUGGUUCCCUACAGAAAUGCUCUACUUCGAGUCGUCACGAAUAGAAAAGAAGAUGAGAAAACGAGUACGAUGGCGGUAGCAUCUACAGUAUCCAUUCGUCAAAUCAAUGCUCAUAUCAUGCCAUAA